AUGGAUCGGAUCCCUGCUUGUGACAUGGCGAUGACUCCCGUAGAUCUGGCCGCACUGGGGGACCUGGUCUCCACGUCCCCAAACGCCACCGCAGUGGGAACACCGGGCGUCUCGGUGGCCACCAGGACCUUGAUCCUGCUCGUGUGUGUGCUGCUGGUCGCCUGGAGCCACACAGACAGGAGAACCGUGCCAGGUCCACCUUUCUGUCUGGGUCUCGGGCCACUUCUCUCCUACGUGAGAUUCAUGUGGACGGGUAUAGGCACAGCCAGCAACUACUACAACAAGAAGUAUGGAGACAUUGUCAGAGUCUGGAUCGAUGGAGAGGAGACACUCAUCCUCAGCAGGGCAUCAGCCAUUUACCACGUGCUGAAGAAUGGACAUUACACGUCACGUUUUGAGAGCAAGCAGGGACUGAGUUGCAUUGGCAUGUACGAGAGAGGCAUCAUCUUCAACAACAACGUGUCCCUUUGGAAAAAGAUACGCAGCCAUUUCACCAGAGCUCUGACAGGUCCAGGUUUGCAGAAGACAGUGGAGGUCUGCGUCUCCUCCACACAGACUCACCUGGACGACCUGGACAGUUUGGCUCACAUCGACGUCCUCAGUUUGCUGCGCUGCACCGUGGUCGACAUCUCCGACAGACUCUUCCUGGACGUGCCCGUCAAUGAGAAAGAGCUGCUGGUGAAGAUUCUGAAGUAUUUUGACACGUGGCAAACUGUGUUAAUCAAACCAGACAUGUACUUCAGAUUGGACUGGAUCCACCAGAGGCACAAGGCGGCAGUCAAGGAGCUGCAUGAUGCCAUAGGGGACCUGGUGGAACAGAAGAGGAGAGAUGUGGAGCAGGCAGAUAAACUGGACAACAUCAACUUCACCACAGCCCUUCCACCCCUAUGUCUGUUCACUUCCACGUGUUCUCAGAACCACGGCGAGCUGUCUGCAGAGAACGUGGUGCAGUGCGUGCUGGAGAUGGUGAUUGCGGCGCCCGACACUCUGUCCGUCAGCCUCUUCUUCAUGCUGCUGCUGCUCAAGCAGAAUCCAGAUGUGAAGCUGCAGCUGCUGCGAGAGAUUGACACUGUAGUGGGUGAGAGGCAGCUGCAGAACGGCGACCUGCAGAGGCUGCAGGUGCUGGAGAGUUUCAUCAACGAGUGUCUGCGCUUCCACCCUGUGGUGGACUUCACCAUGCGUUGA